UCAAUGACCUUGCAUAUGUUUGUAAACACACAAAAAGAAAAGACACGUUGAAUUGUAUUUUCUUCGAAGUGUUACCUUUUUCUUGACCAAAUAUUGAGAUCUAGUGAUAAAAAUGGAUUUUCAAGAAAUGGCAGUGAUCGAGGAACAACCUUCAUUGGAAGGUCCUAUUCGUAAGGAAUCAGGAAAGAGGGGACGUAAGCCAGGAAGAAAAUCAGGAGAUAAAGUGGACAUGAGAGCGAAGUUAGAACGAAGUAGGCAGAGUGCAAGAGAAUGCAGAGCAAGAAAGAAACUUAGAUAUCAGUAUCUAGAAGAACUAGUUGCAGACAGAGAAAAAGCAGUGUUUGCAUUGCGAAAGGAAUUUGAAAGAUAUGUUUCUUGGGGCAAAGAAAUAGAUGAAGGGAGGAUCCCUGAUGGUUUACAAGACGUUCUUGAAGAAUUUGGUAUCCUUAAACAAGAACAGUGAAACUAAUUGUGAUAAUUUAUAUAUAAGAUUUUUUGGUGAAAAUGAUGUAUUCUUAAUCCUAAUGAUGAUAUGGUACCAGUUAUUUUUUAUUAUAUGUUAAAAUGUUUAUAUUUAUUAAAUUAAAAUUGAAAAAUGUUUUAAA